GCAGCUCAUUGUGAGCAGACGGAGUCGAGCGCUCAGAGUUGAUGCUGCAGCGGAGCCAAUGAGACUUUGAUUGGGGCCACUGAUAGUUAAUGAGUUACUGAGCAGAGGUGCAGCUGCAGCAGACGUUUGUUUAGCUCCUGCGUGACUCAUGCAGUGACAAGAGCCUGGACUUUAGCAGGAAUAACAUCCACUGUGAGGAAUUGGUUUUUAUUUGGACAAAUGUGAGCUUUGUUGAUUGGGACAAGGACACGGUGCUGCUAUGGCCCAACAGAACCCUCAGCCGCCCGCCUCGGGCUCGUCUGGAAAGCUGGACCAGGUGCAGAGCCAGGUGAACGAGGUGAAAGACAUCCUGAAAGACAACAUCGACAAAGUGCUGGAGAGAGGGGACAGGCUGAACGAGCUGAUCGACAAGACCGACGACCUGCAGGCGUCCGCCGACUCCUUCCAGAGAACGUCCACGCGCGUCGCCCGCAAAUACUGGUGGAAGAACAUAAAGCUGAUGAUCAUCAUCGGCGUGGUUCUGCUGGUCGUCCUGAUCCUCAUCAUCCUCGCCGCCACCAAGGUUAUCUGAACCCACCGAGAAGCUCUGGGUGCAGCGACCUUCAUGCAGAGAUGAGGGAUGAGGCCAUCCUCACUGAAGUUCAAUCUCAGAAGCUUUUUCUGACAAACACUCCACGAUUUGACAAACUCUAGCGAUGAAACACAAAUCCAAAGUGUUUAGAACGUUUUUAUUGAUGCCUUUUUAAUGUCCAAUACACUGUGUAUAUAUAUAUAGAGAGAGUAAGUUCUUGACUGUCAACCUCUGUAAUAACAUGUAAUAUAUGACAGACGAUAAAAUGAAGGAAAGAAAAUCCUGAAACUUCGC